AUGGUGCAUGCUGAAAGCUCUCAUUUGGAUGGAGAUCAAGUGGCCACGGUAUCAGAUGGUGUUUCGGACUUGCAGGAUUUACGAAGAAGAAUUCAAGCUAUUGAAAAUGGAAUGGUGGAAAAGGAAAGGCAUUUUUCCGCAAAUCAGGUCCAGAAGGUGGACGCUGUACCAACUGACCACUGUCAUACUGAAGCAGUAAAGGAACACAAGAAUAAAUAUUCCCCUUCAGAAUCAUUGGUUGAGAAGGAAUUGGGCAUGGACAAAUUAGAGAUCUCUAAGAGAUUUACAGAGCCCCGUCAAGAAGGCAACAAGAGAAGGAUUCUAGAAAGACUUGAUUCUGAUGUACAAAAGUUGACAAACCUUCAAAUAACCGUGGAAGACCUGAAGAGGAAGGUGAACACUAUUGAAAAGAGCAAAAAGGGCAAAGGUAUUGAAUUUGAAAACAUGAAGGGGCAGCUGGAAGAAGCUGACGAAGCAAUCACUAAGUUGUUUGAUGUCAAUAAAAAAUUGAUGAAGAACGUUGAAGAUGGUCCUCUGUUCUCUGAUGGAGCUUCUGGGGUAGUGUCGGAUGAAAGUGGGAGUGUGAGAAGAAGAGCAAGCAAAAGAAGGGUCUAA